AGCGCCAAGGGCAAGAUGGCGGCGCUGCGGGCACUGGGGCGGCUGCGGGCGGCUUCGGGGCUGCGGGCGGCGGCGGCGCGGAUCGGGUCCGGUCCGACCCGGGGGGGCCACCAAUGGCAGCCCGAUGUGGAGUGGGCUCAGCAAUAUGCCGGCGCUGUGAUGUAUCCCAGCAAGGAGACUGAGAAGUGGGUGCCCCCACCCUGGAACGACAAGGACCCCCCCGCCCACAAGAAGGUCUCCAGCCUCACCAUCAAUUUCGGGCCGCAGCACCCGGCUGCCCACGGGGUCCUGAGGUUGGUGAUGGAGCUGAGCGGGGAGACGGUGAGGAGGUGCGACCCCCACAUCGGGCUGCUGCACCGCGGCACCGAGAAGCUCAUCGAGUACAAAACCUACCU